AAUAGAAUAGUUUUAUCUACCCUCCUUUGGCUGUAAUACCAUUUUUCCGUGAGAGUGAGGGUUUUAGUGUUUAGGCUUUUCUUUUGUUGCUCAAUCUGCUUCUAUACACACACUUACUCAAUCAUGGAUUCCAUGCCUAACCUUCGUCACUCCCAUCUCCCACUCAAUUACAACCGUUCAUCAUUCCCAUCCUCCUUAUCACCUUCCCUCACCUUCACCUCCCUCCCACCACCUCAAUUUCCGCUUCCCUCAUCGUUUAAACUACAAUCCAUAAGAGCCUCAUCCUCCUCAAACGACCCUGCGUUUCACAAGCAAAGAAAAACCCCUUCACUACCAAACCCAUUCCAAGCCCUAACCCCUCUCUUCUCCCCCGUCGUUGAAACCACCUGCAUCGUCAUUGCCGCAACCGCUUUCUUCUUCAUGCGUUUCCACCACAGUCCCGUCAUCGCCGCCACGCUCGCACCUCCGACUACCGCUGAAACCUCAACGGUAAAGGAAAACGUCUCAACGGAAGAAGAUGCGGAGAAGGCAAUCGAAGCACGAUUGAGCCAAAAUCCAAACGACGCUGAAGCUCUUCGCGCUCUUAUGGAGGUUAAAUUCAGAGCACGAAAGGUCGACGAGUCGAUUGGAGUCAUAGACCGUUUAAUCGAAAUCGAACCUGAAGAAAUGGAGUGGCCUCUGCUGAAAGCAAACAUGUAUAUCUACAACGACGACCACGAAUCAGCGAAAACAUUAUUCGAGGACAUUCUGAAGAAGGAUCCGCUUCGAGUGGAAGCUUUUCAUGGUCUCGUAAUGGCGACUUUGGAAUCGCAUGAACCGUUGAAAGGAUUGUUGAAAAGAGUUGAAAAAGCAAUGGAAUUGUGUAAGAAACAGAAGAGGGUUUCAGAUGUUAGAGACUUUAGGCUAUUGGUUGGUCAGAUUAAGGUGAUUGAAGGGAAUUUCUCUGAGGCACUUAAAGCUUAUCAGGAUUUGGUAAAAGAAGAACCAAGAGAUUUUAGGCCUUAUCUAUGUCAGGGUAUUAUAUAUACCUUGCUUAGAAAGAAAGAUGAAGCUGAGAAGCAAUUUGACCAGUUUCGCAGGCUUGUUCCGAAGAAUCAUCCUUAUAAAGAGUAUUUUGAUGAUAACAUGUAUGGCACCAAGUUUUCUUCGCAGAACCUCGAGAGGGAAGGAGCUGCUGCUAGGAGUUGAGAAGAUGAUUCUAAUUAGAGGUCCUUGUCCGUUCUGGUUCUAUGUUGUAGUAAACACUGUAAUUACUUCAACACUCAAAUCUCAGCGAUGAAGUCCUACCAUCUAGCAACGGCAUACAUAGUUGGACUAAUCAGAAAAAGGUUUCAGAAGGGCCAUGUGAAAUAUGUAAGGGGUGCGUGAGUUGAGCAUGCAAGAAUCUGCAAAUAUCUCCUCUUAGAUUUCUCUUAGAUUUGAUAACCCUCACUUUGUCCUCUACCCCAAUACUUAAAAAAAAAAAAUAAAUAAAUCCAUUUUACUCA